AAAGAGGAUUAGGGCAACUGAAAAGGAAAAAGCAAACAUAUAACUCAGAGGUGGAGGUGCAAUAUAGAAUGGGGAAAAAAGAUGUGACUAAAAGUGGUAAUGCAGAUUUGCUACAUGAUUGUGAUCUUUUGAGCCCAGGCUAUUUAGGAGUUUUUUUAUAUUUAUUUUUGUCUAUCAAAAUAUAGCUUUGGGACUCACAGAGGGCAGGGAGAUUGCUCAGUUAUUGGAGGGAGCUUUUUCUUUCUCACGCUCCUCCCAUGCUAUGUGGUAUUGUGGGGACACAAAGAACUCAUGACCUCUCUCACACACGGAUUCACACAAAAGAGAGGCACGCAAUGAGUAGGACAAAGGAGCACACUGCUUCAUACAAAGCUGCAAUGGAACUGCAAAGAAAUGGGUGCUUUUGUGAAACUUAUAUUUCCUUCAGUAUGAUUUAUAUAUACAUGGCUGGUUAACUAGAGUACCUGCUUAAUAUUAAGUUGGUGUUUAUCUGUAACACUGGAAACGUAAACCUGCCUGUAUAUGUUCACUUCCCUCUCAUCUGUCAUUUCUGCUUUCAUCAUAAACCAAUGAGUUCAAGCCACAUCUUAAGUAGCUUUACUUCCCAAUAGAAACUCCUUUAGAGUGUGUAGCCCUUUAAGAGCAGAGGGUGGAUCACGCAGUUGUUUUGACUGAUAACAAUGAGAAGUGGUUAUUGGGGGGGGGGGGAGAUAAGCCGUGUAAAGAGACGCCAUCCCUUUAGGAAACGCGGAGAACUACCGGUGCAGAUGGGCAGGGGGUAAUGUGUGAGGUUCGCUCUCUUAUCUGGCAGAUAAGUAGUUAAUAUGGGAAGAUGUGAAUUCAAAGUUUGUAUCCUGCUAGAUUUUUCCAGUGCUGGGCCCAUGGCUAUUUCAUCUCCCAUGCUUCUCUUCCUUCUGCUCCUCGUGGCUGUGGUUAUACCAGGAAGCCAUUCCUUCUUUCCCAACUUCUGGUCCAAGUUCCUGUCUUUCACAUGGGGAUCAUAUACACACCAGGAUCUGACUGAAGAGGCAAUACUGAACAUCACCCUUCAGAUCUUACUAGACAACCCCCAUCCAUUCCGUCCUGAACUAAAGGCUCAAGACUUUCAGGGUAAAACUCUGACUGCAGAUGCAAUACUGGGGGCAUAUUUUGGAGAAGAGGUUUCUCCUCGUCAAUUUCGAGCCUCCUUAAGGCAAAUAGUCAGUGCCAAUGCCAACAUGGACUUUCUUAAUGGCACACGAGAUGACCCUCUGUGCCACUUUGAUUCAGAGAGGCUAAAGCAGGGGAACUGGCUUCUGCUACGAAUGCGGGAUCAACUCUUAGGGUCCUUGAAGGCCAAAGAAUACGAGGGGGCACGUGACAAACUUGGACAAAUUCUUCACUCCUUGCAGGAUUUUUACAGCCACACCAACUGGGUUGAAAUGGGUAACACCGAUAUUCAUCCAGAUCUUGCUACCCCUGGAAGAGAUAUCCGCUCUAUUGCUGGACUCUCUGAUGAAACAUGUACAGAUUGCACUGAGCUCUCUUGCAAGAAUAACAUUGUACAGGCAAUUGAAGAAAGACAGCUACUAACAUCUGGGUAUUAUGGUGAUUUUCCCAAGAAGCCCCAUGGGAAGUGUAGCCAUGGUGGCCCCUUUGAUGACAGCAGACUAUUCAGUGCUAGAGGCGGAAUCAACAAAGAUACUGCAGCAGCCAUAUUUUCGCCUCAUCACUUUCUACAUCAGAUAGCAGCUGAAUUAGCUCUUAAGGCUUCGAUCAAAUUUCUAAAUGAAUUGAGGGAUGAUGUAACAGACAGAGAAAUGUUGAGGAUUCUUGGAGUCUCAGCCUCUCCAGCGCUCAGCUUUGUUAUGGACACCACGGGCAGCAUGGGAGAGGAAAUCACAACAGCGCGGCUACAAUCCCGCCACAUAAUCCAGCGUCAGCGACAGACAUUGUUAUAUCCUGACUUCUAUAUCCUGGUGCCAUUCAACGACCCUGAUUAUGGUCCAGUAUAUAAAACAAGUGAUCCCAAUGAAUUCCUUCGUUAUCUGGACGAUUUACAAGCUCUUGGAGGGGGUGAUGAACCUGAAAUGUGUCUUUCAGCACUACAGUUGGCUUUGAUCCACACUCCUCCCAACUCAGAAAUCUUUGUUUUUACGGAUGCUUCAUCUAAAGACGCCCAUUUAAAGAGCUCAGUGGAAGCACUGAUCCAGGAAAGGAAAAUCAAAGUCUCUUUCCUGGUUACAGAAGAUCCUUCUAGAACUAGGGUAAGGAGCCGAAGAGAAUUGUUACCACAAGACAGAUUUGAUCUUUAUGCUAACCUCUCUGAAAUAUCAGGGGGCCAAAUCAUAUUUACGAAUAACCAAGACAUUCCAGCGGUAUCUGAAGUCAUCUCAGAAUCAGUUCACUUUGAUGUGGUCACACUGUUCCACAAACAAAGCAUGGAGAGGGGUAGCUCAACCCAUGAAUUUCAGGUGGAUGAUUUCAUGCGUAGUGUCUGCUUGUUUAUCAAUGGGGAUGUAAGCAGCUUCAAAAUACAUGACCCUACAGGCAAGAUCCAGCAUGGUAACCGUCAAAGCAAUGGAAAGUUUACACGUGUCUCCUUCAAAAACCCUCUGGCUGCAGGAAGAUGGAAAAUUGAGAUGAGGACUACAGGGCCCCACACCUUGCACAUACAAGGUCGUAGCUUGGUCGACUUCCUGUAUUAUUUUGGGGUUCCUGUAACUGGCUCUCACCCUGGGCUUUAUAAACUCAGCAAUCAACCAGUAUCAGGUGUUUCUGCCAUCUUGGUUGUUGAUGUCAUUGGCCUCCCAGACUCUGCCCACCUGGACCACGUGACCAUAACACCAGUAAAGGGUGUCCCACUAAAGGUGGAGUUGGAACCAGCCAAUCAGACUGGUCUUUUGGUGGCCCAGGUGGGACAGGUACCUCUUGGAGAGUUCAGCAUCGGGGUGAGCGGUCAGGAUGGGAAGGGAAGUGCAUUUCUUCGGGAAGCCCCGCAGCAUGGCAAAUCAGCGGAAUGCGUGGUUGAGAUAACUAACGAGUCCCCUCUAAUGCCAGGGGAAAUGCACUGGCUGUCUCUCAGCAUCAGCAGCUAUGGAGCCUCUCCUUGCUACACAAUAAAAAUGAGCAAUGAUCGUGGCUACCGUAUGAACACAACAAUACCCAGAGUAUUUACUGAUGUGAAUGAGACCCAUGAGACAGGGUUCUGGAUCCAGGCGCCUGAUGAAGCUGAGACAAACACUGUUGUCACUGUGACCGCUCAGGCUGAAGCUUGUGAGGAUAAAGCACAAAACUGUUUCACCCUCCUACCACUAAUAAUAAUGGCCAGGCCUGAGGUUUAUUCCCUCCAAGCCCCAGUCUGCUCUCUGCUCUCCUACUCUGGUUCCUGCCCCCUCUCGCUUCCUCCCAGGCUCUGUCAGCAGCACCAAUGGCGUUCUGUUCUCCAUAUUUUAGACCCUGGUGGAGUAAAAUAUGCUCAAAUCCUCUCUGGUUUUGGUUCCAUCUCCCAUGGACCUGAUGGAACCUCAGAACGUGUUGAAUACUCAUCAGACUGUUGCUUCCCAAAAGCAGAGAUCUUACUUACUAACUACUGGGGGGCAACGAGUAGUUGUCUUCUCACUGCCCCUUUCAGUGCCUCAAAUUUGGGGCACUGUACAGACUGGAUUUUGCUGGUUGUUAUGUGUUGUAGCUCUCUGGUAAAUUAUUUAUUGUACAUAUGAUUUGAAUUACGGGUAUAGGAUCUGUAAACCGGAAACCAAUUAUCCAGAAAGCUCCAAAUUACGGGAAAGCCAUCUCCCAUAGAGAUAAUCAAUAAUAAUCUCC